AGAUUAACAUACGAAAUCGUGUGUGGAGUGAUCUCUGUAGGAGUUUAACGGGGACGAAGUGGACGUCUGCUGGGUUGCAAUAUAUUCCACGCGAGAGCGUACUUUCUUCAAUGGAGGAUUCACGCCAUAAUGUACACACCACACUUGCCGAGGCUCUCUCCCAAGAACUCGGUGAGAACAUGCAAGACGGCCGGCAAUCAGACAUAAUUACUUUAGUUUCCCGUCUACCUGAAUCGGCAGAUACUAACAAAAGUUCCUACCGUCCCUCUUCCCCGUCUCCGAGAGCUGUACGAUCAGCUUCUUCCCCUUUUACGCCUUUAACAAACAUCUUGUCAAACACAUUCUCCAACCGACACGACUCUUCCCCAUUUUCUACUGUCGGAAAGUCCUUAAAGUCACGGGUGGAGAGACAAUCGCCAUUCCAGAAGGAAAAUGACUUAUAUGUAAAGACUGCUCUUGAGGCCGCCGAUAGGAAUGUCGUUAUCGUGGCAUCGUCGCCUGGUACCGCAACCAGGAUUCAGUCGUCUUCCCGAGGAGAGGAGUCUCCUUUACCACAGCACUCGGACAAUUCCGGGCGCAACGUUUCCAAUGAAAAUGCUGAUAACUCUUAUCCGACAUCUCCGCUAAUACACACAGACGUACCGGAUGGUAGCAAUUUGAUGGACGAUGAUGGGAGACGUACUUCUCUCGAUGUUUUCUCCAAAUCAAAUCCCAGCACUAUUUCAAGAGAAGGGAAGGAGUUAUCUGGCCAAGGGUCGGACGGACUUAUGGGGGACAUAACAAUAGAUUCGAAUGGCGACAGUGCCCAUAAGCGAGGCGAUCCCGAGCAAUCGCAAUCGUCAACACUCCUAAACAUCACCGCCCUCCCUCCUUCACAGGAAUCUGUUGCUAUGCCGGAUCUGCACCCCGGUGCUUUAGUAGAUACGGCGGCUGCAAUCCCGCAACCAGGAGAAGGACAUAACGGUCGUGCCGAACACCGAUUUAAUCUGCAAGCGGAGUUCUCCAACCUUCAGUACCCACGCAGUAUCCACUCCAAUUUUGAAUUCCAUCCGAAAAUGACUCCAGUCAAGACAUCCCUCAACCCAAUUGCCAUUGCCGAGUUUGAUCCUUUGAAGCCGCCUGGUCCGAACGACUGGUUUAUGAGGUUCGAGAGCCCACAAGCUGCCAUACAGGCGGCAUCACCAGGCCCUCGCACGCCGGUUGGGCAGAGUCGACAUCAACCGCAACUCAUCAGUCCUCCACCAUCGCUGUUGGAUUCCAUAAUCGAGUGCCCCACUCCCUCUAGUAUGCCAAAGUAUACUGAGAAAGAUAUGGAGGAUGCGAGACGGACAUUGCUGGCAAAGUUCCAGCAAGAAUAUGAAAUAGUGAAGUCGGAGAUUUGCGAUCUGGAACAAAGGCACGCAGCUGGUCAGGAAGAAAAUGAAAGUAUGAAGAUGGCAUUGAACGAAUGGGAUUCUAUCAUGCAGAGAAUGCUAACGGACAAGCAAAAGAAAGAAGGACAGCUGAAUUUGGAAGUUGAGAAACUGGAAACCCAGGUCGAAGCGAUGCGAAACGACAAGAAACGCUUGCAAGAAGACAAUGAUUAUUUAGAGCACAAAUGGAAGCAGACCCGCAUGAAUUAUGAUGAUUUAAAAGAGUCCGGAGCAAAGUUGACGGACCAGAUUGAGUCACUCAAAAGGGAUUUAAGCGCGGCGGACACUCGAUUUGAGGCUCUAAAAGGACAUGCCGAACAAAAAUUGGAAGAAGCAAGCAAUGAGCUAUCACGCGUGCAGUUGGCGUACGAGAAGGAGGUGUCUGCCCUCAAGGCGAAAUUAUCCAGAGCAGAGAUUCAAAUAAGCACGUUGGAGCGAACAGUGGAAAGCAAGACGCAGGAAAACCAGGAGCUCACGAAAAUAUGCGACUCUCUGGUCGCACAGCUGGAAGAGAGGGGUAGUUGAGCGUCAUUUCUAUUAAGCAUAUUUAUAUUAUAUUAACAAUUGUCCUAAAUGUCCCAAUUGUCUUUUGUCAUCG